AUGUUCUAUAAUGAGCAAAUGGAGUAUGACGAAGCAUUAUAUUGGGGCGAAAAAGCCCUUCAGAUAUGUCAAGAUGAUACGUUAAUGUUAGGAAGAAUCCUUUGUAAUAUUGGUCUUUCUCACGUGCAAAAGAAGAACACGAUCGAGGCUAUCAAGUAUCUUAGCAAAGCAGUUAAUAUUUUGGAAGGUUUACGACAUGAUCACUCAGGACUAGUGUCUGCUUAUUUGAAUUUGAGUAUAGCGUAUCAAGCACAAGAGAAUUAUUCAAAAUCAGAAGAAUAUCUUUACAGAAUUAUUAAUUUUAUUCGAAACUCACCCUCCAUCAACUAUUCUUCGCUUGCAAUGACCUAUAGUGAACUUGGAAAUUUAUAUUACUACCAAAAUAAGUAUGAUGCGGCAUUAGAAUAUAUGUUUAAAUGUCUUAACAUUCAACAAAGAAUACUUCCAUCGAAACAUAAAAAUUUAGCGAAUUCAUAUACUCGCCUCGGAUCAAUAUAUUUCAGUCAAUCAAAGUAUACAGAGGCAUACGAUUCAUGUCAAAAGGCAUUAGAGAUUAUCGAUUUAUCGUCAAAAGAUCCGCACAUUGCUCCAUUGAUGUACAUCUUGGGCGAAUGUUAUUUGAAGAGAGACAAUGUGUCUGAGGCAAUAGCGUGCUUUGAUAAAGCUAUAAAUGCUCCAACAAAUUCACUAUUUUGCGAUCAAGAAUCUUUCGUACGUGUUUGCGCUACCUGUGGCGGCUUAUAUGUUAAACGACGAGAAUGGGAAAAGGCGCUGAACUGUUGUCUAAAAGCGAUUCCUGUUGCUCUUGUAUUGGCACAAGCUACUACUGCGCCAGUGGCACAAGCUACUACUGCGCCAGUGGCACAAGCUACUACUGCGCCAGUGGCACAAGCUACUACUGCGCCAGUGGCACAAGCUACUACUGCGCCAGUGGCACAAGCUACUACUGCGCCAGUGGCACAAGCUACUACUGCGCCAGUGGCACAAGCUACUACUGCGCCAGUGGCACAAGCUACUACUGCGCCAGUGGCACAAGCUACUACUGCGCCAGUGGCACAAGCUACUACUGCGCCAGUGGCACAAGCUACUACUGCGCCAGUGGCACAAGCUACUACUGCGCCAGUGGCACAAGCUACUACUGCGCCAGUGGCACAAGCUACUACUGCGCCAGUGGCACAAGCUACUACUGCGCCAGUGGCACAAGCUACUACUGCGCCAGUGGCACAAGCUACUACUGCGCCAGUGGCACAAGCUACUACUGCGCCAGUGGCACAAGCUACUACUGCGCCAGUGGCACAAGCUACUACUGCGCCAGUGGCACAAGCUACUACUGCGCCAGUGGCACAAGCUACUACUGCGCCAGUGGCACAAGCUACUACUGCGCCAGUGGCACAAGCUACUACUGCCCCAGUGGCACAAGCUACUACUGCACCAGUGGCACAAGCUACUACGGCACCAGUGGCACAAGCUACUACUGCACCAGUGGCAGAAAGUACUACUGCAUCACUAGAUUCUUCAGAGACACAAACGAUUGUACUGGCAAAACUUGAAAGAAUGACAACACCAGUAUCGGACGCGAUGAUGACAUCAAUAACAUCGACAAUUUCAAUAAUUACUUCUGCUAAUUUCGAAGAUACCUCGACUCAUAUAGUGACACCAUCACCACCAAGGCCUGGUGAUGGUUUAUGCUCAGCAGCCACAUGGGCGCGAAUAGGUGUAGUUGUAGCUGGUCUUGCUGGAUAUGGUGGAAAUCUUGAUCAAUUAAAGCAUCCUUCUGCGGUUUUUGUCGAUGAAAAUCAAACGAUUUACGUCUCGGAUAAUGUUAAUAAUCGCAUUAUAAAAUGGCAUAUUGGUGAUAGAUAUGGAGAAAUUGUAGCGGGUGGAAAUGGCCUAGGCGCUAAUCAAAAUCAACUAUCGGGUCCACGUGGCUUUGUUGUCGAUGAAAAUGAAACGUUGUUUGUUGCAGAUGCCGAAAAUCACCGUGUUCAACGUUGGUUUCGUGAUGCUUCGACUGGUGAUACGAUUACCAGUGGUAUAUAUGCUCAUGGUUUGGUGCAAGAGGACGAUGGCUCCUUCUAUAUGUCGGCUCGAGCACGUGGUGAAGUAGUAAAACUAUUGCCAAACGAAACUGUUGGACAAACGAUUUUGUCUCUACUGAAUCAUCCAUAUCUAAUGUUUCUUGAUCGAUAUCAAUCACUCUAUGUGACUGAUCGAGAUAAUCAUCGAGUGGUAAAAUUAGAGAACGGAGCAGCACCAUUCUCCGUUGUUGCUGGUGGUGCGAACGCUGGCGUUGGUCUCCAUCAACUAAAUGGGCCGGAAGGUGUAUUUGUCGAUAAAUUUGAAACAGUUUAUAUAGCUGAUAGUUAUAAUCAUCGAAUUCUACGUUGGCCGAAAGGGAAAACAUCAGGUGACGUCAUUGUCGGUGGUAAUGGCGCAGGUGUGCAGUUUGAUCAAAUGCAUCUACCAACUGAUGUUACGUUUGACGUUGAAGGCAAUCUUUAUGUAUCCGAUCAUAAUAACCAUCGUGUUCUUCGAUUUGCCAUUAAUAAAACUUUAUGUUGA